AGUAUAGGCUCCAUGUGCUGGAGAUUGAGGUCACAGGACAAAUAUUUCAAACCACAUGAACCAAAGAAUACUGGGACAGACAUACCUGGAGUGGGAGGUGUUGAACCUCGUGAAUUCGAAGACUUGGAAUUGUUUUUCAGAAAACAACUACGAUCCUCAAACAAGACACUAACAUGCGAAAUGUCACCACAUAUAUUUGCUACAGACACCACUAACGCUGGACGCCAAACACAGCUGUCCACAAAAAAGUUGGAGACUCUAACAAUAUAUGUUUUGGAUGUGACCUUACUUAAACCACUUUCCAUAAUGAACUUGAUGAAAAUAUGCAGCAGAAAUAUAAAUAGGUUCAGGAUGGUGAAUUCUCCAUGAUUUCAUGGUGGAGGUUUACUUCAUCCAAACAUGAUUUUAAGACAAUGAUAACAUACAUCAU